GGAGAGCGCUGGAGGAAUUCACCAUGAGCCAAAAGAGCCGCUGCUUAGAGAGAAAUUAGUGUUUGCAUUCGGGGAGCCAAGCGGAUCCCGGGCAGCGCAGCCGGCGGCCAGGCCAGGGGCUGACCAUGUUCAACGGGGCCGGCGCCCCCUCUGCAGGCAGGGCCGUGGUGCGCAGCUCCAGCAUCAGCGGCGACACGUUCAGCCUGGAGCCCGGCGCCCGCGGCAGCGCCGAGCCCGGCACCCCCAGCGCCAGCAAGAAGCGACGCUCCAGCCUGGGCGCCAAGAUGGUGGCGAUCGUGGGGCUGUCACAGUGGAGCAAGAGCACGCUGCAGCUCAACCAGACUGAGGGAGGCCCCAAAAAGCUGCGCAGCACCAUCCGGAGGAGCACCGAGACGGGCAUCGCGGUGGAGAUGAGAACCAGGGUGACCCGGCAGAGCAGCCGCGAGUCCACGGACGGCAGCACCAACAGCAACAGCUCGGACGGCACGUUCAUCUUCCCCACCACCAGGCUGGGCGCCGAGAGCCAGUUCAGCGAUUUCCUAGACGGGCUGGGGCCGGGGCAGCUGGUGGGGCGGCAGACCCUGGCCACUCCUCCCAUGGGUGAUGUGCACGUGGGCAUGGCUGACAGGAACGGGCAGCUGGAGGUGGAGGUGAUCCAGGCCAGGGGACUCAUCCCAAAGAUGGGCUCCAAGUGUAUCCCUGCCACCUACGUGAAGGUUUAUCUGCUGGAGAACGGCGUCUGCCUGGCCAAGAAGAAGACCAAGGUGGUGAAGAAAACCUGUGACCCAUCCUACCAGCAGCCUCUGCUCUUCGAGGAGAGUCCCCAGGGCAAAGUCCUGCAGGUGAUCGUCUGGGGCGAUUACGGGCGCAUGGACCACAAGUGCUUCAUGGGGAUGGCUCAGAUCGUCCUGGAGGAGCUGGAUCUGUCCAGUGUGGUCUCAGGCUGGUACAAACUCUUCCCCACCUCCUCGUUGGCCGACUCCAGCAUCGGACCCCUGACCCGCCGCCUCUCCCAGUCCUCCCUGGAGAGCUCCACCAGCCCCUCCUGCCCCUAGGUGGGUGGCAGAGGCCGGGAGGGGAAAGGAGACAUCCUGACCUGGCAGAACUGUUGGUGGAUGGCUGUAAAUAUCCUGUUCUUUUUAUUUCUUCACCCCUUUUUUUCCUCCCCUCUUCAAAUCUCGUCUCCUUCCCAAACCAAACCCGCCCUGCACGGGCUCCUCCCCGAGCCCACGGCGCAGGGGCAGCCAGGGCUGAGCGUUUCGAGGCAAAGGGGAAGGGUGAAGCAAAACCCACCAACCACCAACCCCCCUCCUUCAUGAGGCAGACCGAGGGCUGAGGCUGCCCAGCCAUCCCCACACUGUCCCCACGUGCCACGGGGAAGGGCUGGGAGUGACACGUCCCUCUCUGAGCACCCGCCGGAGCGUCUCGGGUGGAUCCGUCCGUUUCUUUUUCCCUCUGAGGAAAAGGGACCUUUGGAAAGAGAGAGGGAAAAACAACCCCCACCAAGCUCAGAAGAAAAAGGAUCUCCAACUCAGCACUAUCUCCUUUUUGUUUCUCCAAGGAAUGUAGCAUCUUCUCUUAUGUAGCUUUGCCACGUGCUGACAACACGCUCACUGCAAUACCCAAGAGACUCCAACCAGAACCAGCUGCCAGGCACGUCCUGGUUGGGUGUUUUCUCACUCACUCACUCACUCACUCACUCACUCACUCACACCCUGCAACACCGAGUGAGCAUUUCUUGGUGGCCAUUCUUUACCUGUCAAUGGGUGGUUUUUUGGGUUGUUUUUGGGGUAGGAUGUAGCCUGUGACCAGUGACGUUGCCAAAGUGAGAGAGAACGGGCUGGGGAGGGGAGGUGCCCUCACCUCAGCUGAGCACAUGCUGGUCUUACCCUCGUGUUUCACCACUGGCUGGGGUCUUGGAUGGCCAAAACAAGACCCAAAAGAGAAACUCUGUGAUGCCUCACGUUGAAAACCCGAGCCAGGAGAAGGUGACCCAACGGAGCAGGAACGUUGAGAUGCUGCUUGAUCGGCUGCCUCCCAGCUCCUUCCUUCCACCAGGGCCAGCUCCAGGUCUGGGAUGCUCUCCUGGGGUUUGGGGUGCUCUCCUGGAUGGUCAGAGAUGCUCUCCUGGGGCCCUAGGAUGCUCUUUGGAGUUCUGGGAUGCUCUUUGGAGUUCUGGGAUGUUCUGCUGGGGUCCAGGAUGCUCCCCUGGGGUCAGGGAUGCUCCCUGGGGUAUGGGAUGUUUCCCUGGGGUCAGGGAUGUUUCCCUGGGGUCAGGGAUGCUCCCCUGGGGUCAAGGAUGCUCCCUGGGGUAUGGGAUGUUUCCCUGGGGUCAGGGAUGCUUACCUGUGGCCUGGGAUUCUCCUCUGAGGUCUGGGAUGCUCUCCUGGGGUCAGAGAUGCUCCCCUGGGGUCAAGGAUGCUCCCUAGGGUCAGGGAUGCUUACCUGGGGUCAGAGAUGCUCUCCUAGAGUCCAGGAUGCUUCUCUGAGGUCAGGGAUGCUCUCCUGGGGUCUGGGAUGCUCCUCUUGGGUCUGGGAUGCUCUCCCAAGUUCCAGGAUGCUCUUCUGAGGUGCAAGAUGCUCUCCCUGCCACUUGACUCUCAAGCAGGAGCAGAGGCUUUGCCAGAUGCCGCGGCCGGACGCACUUUAACUCUCGACUCGUUCGUUCGCUACAGGGGAACAUCUCAACAGCACCUGGUGCUGACCUGGAACUGGGGACAACUGAGAGGUUACAAACAAAAGGACUAGAUGCUUUGAAUUUCUUAUCAGGA